AAUAAAAUAAAACAUAAAAAUGUAACAAACAAAACGUAAAAAUAAAACAUAAAAUACAACAUUACAGUUUAAUAUAGUCGGAGGUAUAACGCCCCCCCCCCCGUCCUCUCCGCAGUCUGCUGCUGUGGCUGAGGGAGGGGGGGGGACCAGAGGAGCAGCUUCCUGGGUUUAGUCUCAGUAAAAUGACGAAGCUGGAUUCAUCCUCCGCUUCUCUGCAUUGCACAACCUCUCCCCAGUGAGGAGGAGGAGGAGGAGGAGGAGGACCAGGAGGGACAGGAGGACCAGGAGGGACAGGAGGGACAGGAGGACGGAGAGCAGCCACACAGACCAGAAACAUGAGGACAGAAGUGGAAGGACGAGACAGCGUCUGAGCUCCAGGUCUGCAGCUUUCUGAAGGAGACGCAUCCACGGUGGAGGCGAGAAGGAGGAGGAGGAGACGGGGGGAGGACGAGGACGCCAGAGGCUCUGCUCACAAGAUGGCCGCCGUGUCCUCUGCCUCCGAGUCUGGGGACCCAAGGGGACGCCACCCCCCGGAGCGCCGGCUGCUCCUCCUGGGGGGUCCCCGGUCUGGGAAGACGUCCACAGCCAACAGCAUCCUGGGGGACGAGGUCUUCGAGGCCGGGACAGAGACGACCCACAGCAACGUGGGACAGACAGAGAUCUUCGGUCGCCGCGUGACGGUGGUGGACACCCCCCCGUGGGCCGUCCCCCCCGACCCGGAGGACGAGGCCGAGGACGGGGACGAGGACGAGGCCGGCGCUGAGUCCGAGAGCCUCCCCCGUCCCCCGGCCAGCCUGGACAGCGAGGGGCCGUGCAUGGGGGCCAUUCUCUGUCCCCCGGGGCCCCACGCCAUCCUCCUGGUGGUGUCGGUCACCCAGCCCUUCACAGACACCCAGAGGAGGGCGGCCGAGGACCAGCUGGGGGCCCUGGGGGGGGGCACCUGGAGGUACUCCAUGGUGGUCUUCACAGGAGUGGACCAGCUGCCCCAAGACGUGUUCAUCGAGGAGCACAUCGCCAACACCGGGGACGCCCUCCAGUGGCUGGUGGAGCGCUGUGGGAGCAGGUAUCACGCCUUCGACAACACUCGUAAAGAAACAGAAGACAACACACAAGUACCUGAGCUGAUGGAGAAGGUGGAGGAGAUGAUCACUGACAACCAAGGCUGGUACUUCGAGGUGAACGAGCUGAUCUUGCUGGAGGAGGAACAGGCCAGACGAGCUCUGGAGGAGGAGAGGAUGAGGAUGGAGGAGCAUGCUAGGCAGAGGGAGCAAAUGAUCGGAGGGCCUCCCAGAGAGCUCCGGCUGCUGUUGCUGGGCUGGAAGGGCGUCGGGAAGAGCUCGGUGGGGAACGCCAUCCUGGGCCGACGGUUCUUUGAGUCGGGUCAGGAGACGGAGCUGUGCCUCAGGAGGCAGGCCCUGGUGUCGGGCCGUCGGGUCACUAUCGUGGACACCCCAGGCUGGGACUGGUUCUCGGUGAGGAGGACCCCGAAGCGCAUCCGGCAGGAGUCCCAGCGGGGGGCCGCCCUGCUGCGACCCGGACCCCACACGCUGCUGCUGGUCCUGCCCGUCGUGUCCUCGCUCACGGCCAGGAAGAGGAGGACGUUGCUGGCCCACAUAGAGACUCUGUUCGGAGACGGCGCCUGCCUCCACACCAUGGUGCUGUUCAGCUGUGGCGACUGGCUGGGCCGGACGCCCAUCGAGGAGCACAUCCUGAGAGGAGGCCGCGAGCUGCAGAGACUCCUGGAGUACUGCGGAAACUACUACCACGUCCUGGACAGCAAGACGCCCGGCAAGGACCGGAGUGUGUCCGUCCUGCUGGACAAGAUCGAAGAGAUGAUCCGGGAGAACGGGGACAAGGCCUUCCUACCCAUCCAGACCGAGUGGUUGAGCGAGGAGAGCUCCUACUCCUCUGAUAACACUGAACCGGAGGACGACUGCCGAGGCUGCCAGCUGCAGUGACUGUGAAGGAAACAUCACCUCAUGUCCGACCACCUCAUCCAGAUCAUCUUCUCUAACUCUGGACAGUUUCAGGGAAACGAAAGACCAGCGUCACUGUUCAUCUGACAGUCACUGAAAGACCACGUCCGGGACUAAACGUCCGAACUGUCCCAGAAUCAGCUGCUUCAAAGGCGACGGCGUUUCAGCCUCAUCGUUCUGUCUGCACUGAUAAACCGAACAGGUGAUUUGAUGCCUUAGAGAACCACGGCUGCAGCAGUGACCAGGACACGUCUGAUCAUUACACAGUGUCUUAAGGACUGAACCUGGGACGGGUCCCGUGUGUUGUAGUUUGAGGGAAUGAGUGCAGACUCAGAUCCUCUCCAUGGUCACACAUUGGCAGAUUCAGCUUCGUGCCUCAGCAUCAGAGCAUGAGCGUGGCUACAUCCUUUAGCUUUAGCAUGUUAACCAACCACAUCACCUCAUGAAUUACGCCGCUGCUACACCACAACUUUUCUACAUCCUGAAUUAAUAAUGAAUAUGUAACGAGCUGGGAGGCAUGCAGCAUGCAGAUCAACGAGUGCCUCACUUUUACCUGAUGACAUCACUUCCUCCUUUACAGCAGCAAAAAAGCCUGACAGGUUGAAAUGAACCAUGUGACCACUGCCUCAGCCUCCUCCAUGUAGUGACGUGACUAGCAUGACGUUAGCGUGUGGUAGGAUGUUUCAUUCACUGUAGCUGUGAACAUGUGUAAAUGUACAUGUGAAGCUCUGUGUCACAUGACUGCGGCGGCUCAUCCUCAGAAAAUAAAUCACUUGUCAUAUUGUUUA